AUGGACAAUCUUUUGGAGGAGGACCCAUUCUUCACCACUCUCUUACAAAAUGGAGGAGAAGGUCCUAUUACCACUCCAACAUUCACACCCCAUUCUAAUACUUUGGUCAGCCCAACUCCCCUUCACGGUGAAAAGAGGCCUCCAACAAAAAAAGUUCAAAGAGGAGCUUCUUUCACUGUUGAGGAGGAUUACGUACUUGUCUCUGGUUGGCUGAACAUUAGUAUUGAUGCCAUCCGGAGAACUGAUCAGAAAUCCACUCAAAUGUGGGAGCGAAUUUCUAAUUUUUACCACGAAUAUAAGAAAUCACAUAAUGUGAACCGUUCGGUGGGGUCAUUGAUCAAUCGUUGGUCCAUGAUUCAAAAAUGCACAAAUAAGUUUUGUGCAUAUCUAGCACAAGUUGAGUCAUUGCACCCGAGUGGUGCGACCGAGCAAGAUAAGAUUGAAAGAGUAAAGAUAUUGUACAAAGAGAUGGAACGAGGGAACUUUACAUUAGAGCAUUCUUGGAAUCUUUUGAGGCACCAACCCAAAUGGCAUCAACACAUGAGUACGCUGAAUACGAGGAGAAAGCCUGUCGAUAGACAGCCUUCCAAUGAGCAGUCAAGUGAAGUUUUGGGCGAUGUUGUGGAGGAAAAUGUUGAAAGGCCUGCUGGAAAAAAGGCUGAAAAGGAAAGCUUGAAGAAGCGGAAUGCACAAGAACAAUCUGAUGUUGAGUUCAACACGGCAUUAGGAGCAAUGACCGAGGAUAGACGAUUGUUCAUGACGGAGAGAAGAGAAUGGUAG